GUAAGCAGCUUGUGCUAACAUGGUAUCAGCUGUGUGAAUCAAUAGGUACAUGGGUGUGCAGAGCUGUGCCAGAGACCGCGUAGUUGUGAAAUCCACGUAAUCGAAUACAAGCAAUAACCAACAACUCCAAAACCUACAAUUCUGCAGCGAAGUACAUCAGAGACAGAGCGAUGUCUCCUGAUGAGCUGGUGUACUUGGGAGUCCUCGCUGCUUCCAUCCCUGUUGGGUUCCUCUUCCGAUACCUCAGUCCUCCUGUGAAGCAGGGAGCAGCUCUUCUUCUGGGCCUCUCCAUCACUAUCGCCACCUGUAACAUCCACACACUCCACUCCUUGCUGACAGUGAUUGGAACAUGGAUUAUUAUAAAGAGCAGCUGGCGGCAUGCACCAGCUCUCAGUCUCAGCUGGACCUUUCUCUACCUCCUCUUCUUCCGGCUGGUCACUUGGUUCGGGCUGCCACCUCCGACACCUUUUGCCAACGCCGUCCAGCUUCUCCUCACUCUCAAGAUGGUGAGUCUGGCAAACGAGGUGCGCAGCUUCCACGUGGAGAAGAAAAAGGAAGUGAGCUCCUUUGCCAAGUCCUCUGUCAUCAUUGGUCUGACUGAGGAGCCCUCUUUCUACGAUAUUCUGUCUUAUAGCUACUGUUAUGUUGGUAUAAUGACCGGUCCCUUCUUUCGCUUCCAAACGUACGCCGACUGGCUGAGGCAGCCAAGCCCGCAGACCCUGCCCGGCUGGUUGCCGUGCCUACAGCGUCUGAAGCUGGUUCCUGUCUACGGCGCUCUGUUCCUGGCUGUAAACUCGGUCUUUCCUCUGGCCUACGUUCGGUCAGAGGAAUUCCUGGAUCAGAACUUUUUCUUUAGGUUGUUCUACAUGACAGCUGUGUUCUUCGUGUUCCGAAUGCGUUUCUAUGCAGCCUGGUGUGGAGCUGAAGCUGGCUGUAUCAGUGCAGGUCUGGGCUGCUAUCCAGAGAAAGCUCUGUCCAAACCUGGAGGAGGACCCACUGUCAUCUACAGCCCUGAUCCCACCGCUGAAGAAAAAUAUGACUUCAGAACCAUCCAGAACAUCGACUGCUAUAACACUGACUUCUGUGUGAAGGUCCGGCACGGCAUGCGUUACUGGAACAUGACAGUGCAGUGGUGGCUGCAUCACUACAUCUACCCCAAUUCUCCCUUUAAAGCCUACACUCUCAGGGCUGGUUGGACCAUGUUCAUCAGCGCAUACUGGCACGGCCUCCACGCUGGAUACUACCUCUCCUUCCUCACCAUCCCCCUGUGCAUCGCAGCUGAGUCUGCCAUGGAAGCCUCAGUCCGAGUCAAACUAGGCCCCCGUGGACAGAACAUCUUUGACUGGGUCCAAUGGUUCCUGAAGAUGAGGGCGUACGACUACAUGUGCAUGGGCUUUGUGCUGCUGAAGGCCUCUGACACCAUCAACUACUGGACGUCCAUCUACUUCAUCAUCCACAUUGUCGCUGUUUGCUGUAUAGUCAUCGGAAAUGUCCUGAAGGGAGGGAGAAGAGGGGACAAGGAGGUAGAGAAGAAAGAGAACGUGAAAGAGACAACUGGAGAGAAAAACGACUGAAUGGAGAGACAGAUUAUUUUUCAGAUAUCAGAGGAGUUACAUCAAAACAAGAACUUCCAACAUUGAUCGCACAAACACUUAACUCUCAAGCAACAAAACAUCCCACAUGUCCAUUUGGAUCUCUUGUUCACAAAAUAAAGUUCAACUAGAGUUCAUUCAAAUUAGAUUAAAUCAGACAAAAUGUAAAACCUGAUAAAGGUCAACAUUUUCAUUUACAUGUACAUAUACAUAACAAAACUGUGACCUCUGGGAGAGGAAUGUUUGAGAUCAAUGAAUGUCACUUUUAUAGUGUGAAUGAAAACCUGGGUUGAAAUAGUCGAUGAGCUCCCCUGUAUCUACUCUGUCUGCCUGUACAGUAUGUGUACAUUUAUUCCAUUCCCGUUGAAAAGCUGUAACACAGGUCAAAAUUAUGUUGUUUAAAAGUGAGGAUUAUCAAAAUAUAGCAGGUCCAGUCCAACAAGAAACCUCAUUAUGAUCGUACAAAUAAUGAAAAGGGGGGCCAAUUUACUGAGAUUUGAUUGGAUUAGUUUUCUUACACAACAAACACUCAGUUUAAUGUUACAAUGUAUGAAGUCUGGAGGGCAGAAAGAAUAGAUUAUGUUGAAUGUGCCAUUAUUACGGUUCAGAUGUCAAAACCUGUGUGAGAGUAUUUUCAAAGCUUUGGUGAAAAUAAUUCUGCUGCCAUCUAGUAUCUCAAAUCAUCAAAUUGUUUUUUUUUUACUACAAUGAGUGGUCAAAACAGAGUAAUGCUUUUGUUAAAUCAUCUUAACAAACACAUUUUAGUUCACUUAAUGCAAUAUACAAGCAUCAUGGUGCUCCACCAAUUUCAAUAUCCAGAUGUCCAGAUGACAUUUUGUUUUUCUAUUAACAUUUUUCAGAUGUUUUGUUUUUAGCUUCCUAAAUCAAUUCCACUCUUGCAACAUUCUGACUUUUCCUGAAUAUUUCUUUGCUAGGACUUACUCUUGUGAUCCAGUGAAUCCAGCUACCCCCCCCCCACAUACUCUUAUUCUGUAUCUGUAAGCACAUCAGAUCAUACCAGAAACAUAGGCACUGUCAGCUCUAUAGAACAGCGCAAAGAGCGAAAGUCCAUUCACUGCCAAAAAUGUUCUCUGUACUGCCAUCACGGACCAUUCAGGGUUGGGACCAAACAUUGGAUAACAAAGAGCCGUCUGUGUUGCAUCAUAACUACAAGCUGCCAAUGUUGGCCAUGAAUAACAGCACAGUUAGAGCUGGGCAAGGAAAUCAUCUACACAAAUUUGAACCGAAUGUCAUGUAAAUCCAUCCAGUAGUAUUUCUGUCAACCUUGCUGACAGAAAACCAAAAGAUCCAAAGACAAUCCCCAGUGGGAGUGAUGAUCACAGUACACUGUCACAAUGUCAUGUGACCUCUUAGAUGUCUAAAAGAAAAACGUGAGACUGCUCUGAAAGAUGUAUUCAGGCAGAAGACAUUUCUAUAGUUGUUAACUUCAUGACUUAACGUCAUGUUAUUCUUCUACUCAAAGUUCAUUAUGAUCAUGUUGAAUCAUGCUCAGCUCUGACCACAGUAAACCAUGUAUUAUUGGACAAACUGUCAGGCCUUCUUUCACAACUGUGUCCUCCUGUGAGGCAGCAUCACUGCUUUAAGCGAGCGUGACUGCCUGAGCUGAAAGUCUUAUUUCCUUGUGUUAUAUUGUUAUCGAUCUCAUUUAACUUGCAAACAGAUUAUUUGUUUACCCUCUCAGUGCCACAAAAGAGCCCUGUUUGUCUCUGUUUUUAUUAUUUUCCAGCAAAAGUUGUGAUGACUCUGGUCCCUGUUUACUUCUCAUGUUGUUUUCCAGCCUCACUGUCUGUAACACACUCCUCCCUGCUCUGUAACAACACUGGCAAAUAUAACCCACAUGUGUCCUCAUUUAUAAAAUACUUCCUGGUAUGAUUGUCAUUGAGUUAUUUGUAUAUUUUGACCUUUAUACUUACCUUGUGUAUGCAGCAAAGAUUAAAUAAGUUAAGAAGCUUUCUGGGUGUCAGACGGGGAAAUCAUUGACUCUCCUGCAUCAGUGAAAACACACCUGCAGACUUACUGCCACACAGAGUUUAAUCUUCAUAUUAAACACUCAAGAACAUGUAUAGAACGCUUUCAUGAUGAAUGUAAUAGUCAUUGAGGGUUUAUUCACAAUGUCAAAGCUACUUUUUUCUUUUGUUGCCAUCUUUGCCUGUCAUUAAAACUCACCAAAACUG